CCUGCAGGAGUCACCAAGCGGCUGGCCCAGGAAAAGUCAGGCGGCCGUCGUCCCGUCACAACACCGCCUCCAGUCGGCCUUCCCUCCGUCUGUGGAGGACCCCGUUACCUCCACCGCAUUCCUGCUGCAUGGAUACAGCACUACCGUGCUUCAGAUAACCCCGGAUCGCUCCCAAACGUCCGUACCAGCGACAUUUCCUCUCUGUCCGGCCCGUACUGCAGUGAAGCUCACCACCAUGCUGAUGAAGGAGUACCGCAUCUGUAUGCCUCUAACGGUGGAGGAGUACAGGAUAGGACAGCUGUACAUGAUUGCCAAGCACAGCCAGGAGCAGAGUAUGAAGGGGGAGGGGGUGGAGGUGGUGCGCAACGAGCCCUGCGAAGACGAGGAGCAUGGGAGGGGGCGCUACACGGAGAAGAGAAUUCACCUGUCCAGCCGGCUGCCCAGCUGGAUACGUGCUGUGGUCCCCAGGAUCUUCUACAUCACGGAGAGGGCCUGGAACUUCUACCCACACACUAUCACAGAGUAUACGUGUUCCUUUUUGCCGAAGUUCAUCAUCCUGAUAGAGACGAAAUAUCAAAACAACAACGGCAGCAGCUGCAAUUGUCUGGGCCUGACAGACGAGGAGCUGACCCAGAGAGAGGUGGACUUCAUCGACAUUGCAACAGACGAGAUCCCAGACAAACAGUACCAGGCCAGUGAGGACUGUACAAAAUUCAAAUCUAAGAAGACAAACAGAGGACCUUUGGCUGAGGGUUGGAGGGACACCCAUGACCCGAUCAUGUGCUCCUACAAGCUGGUGACUGUGAAGUUUGAGGUGUGGGGACUACAGACCAGAGUGGAGGCAUUUGCCCACAGAGCCAUCAGGGACAUUCUCCUGGUCGGGCAUCGGCAGGCCUUCGCAUGGGUGGAUGAGUGGUAUGGGAUGGGCAUGGACGAUGUUCGUGACUUCGAGCAGCGCCUACAGGAGGAGACCAACCAGAGGGUGUUGGCCACCCCGUCGUCCGAGAAUCUCAGCAUGACGACGGCCUCUCCUGGCUCCACGCCCGAGCCCUCGCCGCUGGGCCCCUCCCCGCCCAUGGACUUCCCCCGCAGGAAAUCCUCCGCGGGCUCAGGGACCCCGACGGACGCCCCCAGCACCAGCAAACAGCCCGACCCGCAAUAGCAAGAUGCGGCACCUCCUGCUUGUAACACCAAUUCACCUUUAUCUGCAGGGUAACCUAUAUCCGUUGUUCUUAAAACAGGGCAAUUUAGGGAUAUCAGUCGACGAACUGUGGUUUCAAAUCGCAAUAUUUUUAGUUUGUAACCACCGUCCAUCGACUUCAUUACUAAAUGCUUGUCUUUGAAAACAAUGAAUAUAGGUUACGCCGCAGAUAAAGGUGAACUAGCGUUAACAAAACCCACCUGGAGAAACUCAAGACACUCCCUCCUGUGUUAGGUGUUUCCUUUUCUAGUCUGCACUAGAGAAAUGGCCGGGAAAACAAUCUGAGUAUUUAUAGCUGGCGCUGAAGGUUUACUCUGCCGUAGGAGUGCAAUGGGCACACUAAGGUACAUUGUACCAGUCUGGUGACACUUUAAUAUUGCCACAUGUCAUACAGAGGUGUCAAAUCUCAUACGGAGGACUCAUAUCUCAUACAGAGGUCGCAGAUCUCCUAUAGAGGUCUUAAAAUCUCAGAGGUCUCAAAUUUUAGAAAAAUUUUUCUCAAACUUUAAAUUUUUGCUGUUCAUCUACUUCUACUUCUCAAAUGUUCCUCACAGAGCUACACUGUACAAUUACAUCAGAUCUGAAAUGCAUACAGACUAUCUCUCUUGUAUACUGGUAUAGUACAAGAUGUUGAAAUAAAUCAUAACUGUACUGUCAUUAACUGAUAGCAGAAUAUUGACAAGCAGUUUAUUCUGUAGUGCCUUCUUGUGUCCUAUGGCAGAUAAGACAAUCAGUGUGAGCAUAAAUAAUAUACAAAAAAAUGUACUUUCUUAGGGUUCCAAAGUGUUUAGAAGAACUUCAGUUCCAGGAAACAAUAGUUUGUAUGUACAGAUCUGUCUAUUUGUUAUACAGCCAGAGUAGGCUGAGAGAAGUUAUGUUGUAUAUGUUCCUGUAUAGAACCAGCCUUUGUACAUACAAGAAAUGUGCACCCUUUCUAGAUGUGUAAUGUCACUAAUGUGUAUGUAUAAAACAUGUAUCGGUAUUGUGCAGUAUUUACAACAUGGAAAUGCCAUCAACCACCGCAAGUUAAGUUUCUUUGUGUGCAAUGAUUUGUUUCCGGCCAUUUUAAUACAUGAAUCUUCCUCAUGUAUGUAGGGCUUGAAAGUCCUAAUCUUUGCUCAGUUAUUAAUUAAGAAUUUAUUUAUGCCAAAGUUUUAUAGGCUAAAACAAACAUAUUGUUUGUUUUGCAAUCAAAUGAUUUAUAUGAAAUGAUGUAAGAACCAGUAAGGCAACCAAUAUAUUAUAAACACAAAUGUGAACUUAACAGUGUGCAUGAAUGUUGUUGGUGUUGUAAUACUUCUCUUGACAGACAGGGGGUGCUACUCAACAUACUUCACCAGGGCCCAUCCCAUCAACAGGUGUAUUUAGAUUGUGAACAAAUCCUUGAUAAAACCACCUUGUAGAAACCAAGGACUUGUAGGAAGAAAAUGAUAUUAUAGUUCCAAUGGUUUUAAGAUUUAGGUUGAACCGUUUCAAGUAGUUUAAUAGUUGUUAACAGAUACCCAUCUGUACCUGUUUAUAAUGUAGUUGGCUUUAUUACCUUUGUCAGAUGGUUGUGUUUUUGAAAUAGGUUUGUUUUUAGUGUUUUCAAUAUGCCUGCAUGAUAAUUGGCCAAGUCCUGUAAAUC